GGCUCUUUCGGAACCACCCGCAGUAUAUGAAAUACUUUGAGGACGAAUCGAUACCGGAGUUCGUUCGGGAGGCGAAGAUUAAGAAGAAGUUUACAUCGGUUUGCGACACGCUGUGCACUCUGUUCGCCGAUUAUCACGACAAACCUUCUAAACGGGUUUAUUUAAUCGGGUACAUAGCGAUGAUUCACAAGGACAUGGGCCUCACUCUCCAGGACCUCAACGACUUCAUGUCCGAUUUGACGGAGGCGUUAAUGAUCGAGCUGCCAGAUAUAAUGACAGUGGAACACGAGAACGCGCAGAACAAGUACUUCAGUAUGCUGGCGGAGACGUUGUUGAAGUUCAUGGAGGAGCAGGACGAGAAACAGGACCAACUGCUGCGUUCCGGUCACGGAAUGAAAAAAGUAUUUUUCAUUCUCCGAAGUCGGUAUAGGAAUUCAAUUGAGACGAGAACCAAAUUGUGCCGACAGUGUUUCCCGUGGAAUGUCGAGCCGGAGAUGCGGUUGAUGUACGGUUACCCUCUGAAGUAUUGGUUGCAUAAGAAACAAUACUGGGAAUAUCGGCGAGCGAUUUGGGCCUCUUUAGAAGCCGACUUGAUGGCUAAUUCCAUGACGGCUACAUGGACAGUCGGAGGAAGAACAGGAGAAAGAAGGAGAAGAAGGCGCGUUAAAAGAAGAAUAUCGGCCAAGAGGAUCCGACGACGAAUGGAAUCGAAGAAGACCGCCAGCUCGAACAGCGACGGGACGGACAAUCGUACGGGCAAACGUAUGAAAUUAAUUAAAUUGGUUGCAUAAUAAAUAGAUUAACUC